AUGCAUUUUGCAGCUGCGAUCGAGACUCAUUCAUCAAUGGAUGUACCGACAUCAACAAUUCGGCAACGAAGACAAUCGCAAAUAUCAGCGACAUUGAAUACAGAUGAGAACUUAUUAGCAAUAAAAAAGACUCAACAAGAUGCACUUCGUCACGAAAUCUCUCAGAUCGUUCUCUGGCGACAGCCGAUUUCGACAGUAUCCUAUGCAGUACUCGAAAUGAUUUAUUUAAUUCAUCACAAUUUUCAACUUUUUAUUUCUUAUCGGAAAACCUUAUCUCUUCUAUGUUUGUUAUUGUUGUCCUCAUUGUUUAUUUACAAGAGCGAUGGUGCACAUCAAUCGAGUAUUCAAACGAUCGAAAGAUUAAUUUUCUGGUCUCUUUACUGGCUUGGACUUGGUGUCGCUUCGUCCAUUGGAUUAGGCACGGGUUUACACACAUUUCUUCUUUAUCUUGGUCCAUUCAUUGCCCGAGUUACUCUAGCUGCAUAUGAAUGUGAUUCAGUGCAAUUUCCUCGUCCACCAUAUCCGAACGAAAUCUUAUGUCCGUUAAACAAUCUAACCAGAUCAAAUGAUUUCCUAGAAUCUGGAUCGAUCUCUUUCUGGAAGAUUCUCUGGAAAGUCAAACUAGAAGCAUUCUUUUGGGGUUUAGGUACUGCACUAGGUGAAUUACCACCCUAUUUCAUGGCGCGUACAGCGCGUUUAGGUCAAGCAGGUGACAGAGAUGAUGAGGAAUUACUUGAAUUCGAACAAUUAUUAUUAAAUGCCAAACUACACAACGCCCGAGAUUUGACCUUAUUCGAACGAUUACGUUAUUCAGUUUACUGUCUUAUCCAACGUAUUGGUUUUUGGGGCAUCCUACUCUGUGCAAGUAUUCCCAAUCCAUUAUUCGAUUUAGCCGGCAUCACUUGCGGUUAUUUUCUCAUUUCAUUCUGGCGAUUCUUCUUUGCCACGAUUCUUGGCAAAGCAAUUAUUAAAAUGAGCAUCCAAACGGUGUUUAUUAUAUUCUUAUUUAGUGAACAUCACGUCGAGCGAAUCAUACGUUGGAUGAAACACAUCCCGUACUAUGGUCGAUUGUUACAAACUCCAUUUAAAGAUUGGUUGUAUGAACAGAAAGGUAAAAUGCAUCGAACAAAUGAUGACAGUACUUCGGGACAUUUAGCAAAAGUAUCGAUAUUGUCAAAAUUGUUUAGUUUCUUUGUUGCGAUGAUGAUUGUUUACUUUAUAAUCUCAAUCAUCAAUUCGUUAGCACAACGCUAUUACAAACGAAAGCGUAUAGCCGAUUGUAAAUAG